GAGUUAGAAGGGACCCCCAAAAACCAGCCACCCAGUCCAACUCUUCCACCAUGCAGGAAUGCAUAGGAUCCUAGAGUUGGAAAGAUCCCAACCCCUUUCUAGCAUGCAGGAAGACACAACAAAAGCACUCCCGGAAGAGACCCAUCCAACCUAUCUAUAAAGGCCUCCAUUAAAGAAGAGUCCUCCAUCCUCCGAGGAAGUCCACAUUCCACUGUCAAAUAACAGGAUCUUAUCGCAGGAAGAUGCAGUGAACGCACUCCUGAAAGAGACCAUCCAACCUUGGUAUCAAGACCCCCAAAGAAGGGGAGGGGAUCCACCAUGGUCAAGGCAAUCUUAAACAGCUCUUACUGGGAAUUUCAUCAUCAGAGGGACCCCCAGGGGUCAUCUAAUCCAACCCACUUUGGCCAUGCAGGAAUCCACAAGCACAGUGCUCCUAAGAGAUGUCCAUCCAGCCUCAUUUGAAAGGCCUCCCAUGACAGAGAGUUCUAGUUCUCCCCUUUUAGGUGAAGAGCAAAAGGAGGAGAGCUUUCUUCCAGCCCUCUUUUUCCCCCUUGCAAUCCAGAUUGGGUUCCAGGGAGGUUUUUAAGGGGGGGGGGCAGAUUCUGGAGGAUCGAAAGGAUGGGACCGAACCUCUCCCCCCACUUCAAAGCAGAUGUUGGCUCCAGGCCCAAUCCUGUCAGUAGCCAAGCCUCAGGAGGGGCCUUGCAAGCUUUUGGAAAGCAAGACGGGCGGAUGGGAGACUUGCACAAAAACUGGGAAAAUGUCCAGUGCUGAAGUCAUUUGGGGGGAAGGGGGUGUGGAUGGCCAGGGGCAGCAAAGAGGCCAAAUCUGGGCCCCAAAUGGGGUGGAGAGUCUCCAGUUUUGUGAUGGUGAAGAGGAGGGUUAAAAAAAGCCAGCUUUGCUCUUGCAACCUACAUUUUGUGCAUUUUGGUUGGACCCAUAAAGGUAUCACUUUGCUGUGGAUCUGGGGUGUUCUUGUGCUUUGCUAUAUGGCCAACGUGGGACAGUUUACUUGGAUGUUUAUCAAAUGCAUGUCCAGGCAUAGCUGAGAACAGAUGAUGCUUCCAACCGUGGAAUGGUUUACCUUUCCGACCGUGGGAUUUCAGUCUUUUUUUGCAACCAUUGAAAGGAUGAUGGGUUUUGCAACCCCAUUCACCCUCCGCAUCGCCAAAGGACACAAGCAUCUCAAGAAAGGCUAAAGGUUUAUUGAAUGCAAAGUUUGCAAAACAUCUGCCCCCCAAAAAGAGUCAUUGCAAAAUGCACACUCUACACUGCAGAAAUAAGGCAGUUUGGUACCACUUUAACUGCCAUGGCUGCAUGCGUUGGGAUCCUGGGACUUGUAGUUUAGGGGUACAUUUUGGCUUCUCUACCUCAGAGCUCUGGUGCCCCAACAAACUGCAAAUCCCCAAAUUCCAUAGCAUUAAGUCUUAGCUAGCAGUUGAAGUGGUGUCAUAAUAAGAAUAAUAAUCCAUAUAUUAAUAAUACAAUAUAAUAUGUAAUUAUAAUCCAUAUAAUAACAAUGAUAAUAAUAAUUCUAUAUAUAUAUAAUAAUAAUACACAAAGUGAAAUCAUCCGCGUUCAGACCCAUUAAUUUUAAAUAAUUCUGCUUUUUGCAUUAGUAAAGAGAGGGAGAGGCUGUCGUGCUUCAAAGGUUGGAUUAAGAUACCGGGAGACCCGGGUUCAAAUCCCUGCUCGGCCACUAAGGCAAGUCAGACUGUCUCAGCCUCAGGCCAUGGUGGCAAACCCCCUUCUGAACAAAUCUUGUCAGGAAAAAACCUGCAAUAGCUAGAAACCUAGUUCAUAUUUAAGUGAUUUUGUUCCUGUUAUUUGGCAUAUUUUAAAUGUUCAGCCAAGCAAUUGAGCAUAGAUAAUCUUAAGAAUUUGGAACAGACCUCAAAGGCCAUCUAAUCCAAGGCACUUCUGCCAUGCAGGAAGACACAAUGCAAGCACUCCUGAAAGAUGACCAUCCAGCCUCUGUACUUGUAUAUAGACCUCCAAAGAAGGAGGGAAUCCAUCCCACUCAAAGCAAUCUUUUCUACUAUUAAAUGGCUCUUACAUAGAAUUUCAGAGUUGGAAGGGACCCUCAAGGGUCAAUUAGUCCAACUGCCUUCAGCCAUACAGGAAUAUGCAACUGGAGCAACCUGGAAAGAUACCCAUCAAACCUCUGUUUAGGGGCCUCCAAAGAAAAGUCCAUCACCUUCCGAUGCAGUCCAUUCCCCUCUUGAACAGCUCUUAUAUCUUCCUAAUAUUUAAGUGGGGUCUCAUUCCCACUUACAAAAAAAUUGGUUUGCGAUACGAAUCGAUGGAUCGAUUCGACAGCGGAGCAUGUUUCCCACUACAUUUGCCCCGACUGCAUUUUUCCCUGUAAAAGAACCCACUUGUGGCUCACAUUCAUGAAUGAGCUGGUUCAAAAUGGACCUGCUCUGGCCGGCCGAAGGGCAAAUUUCUGAUCCACAUCUGGUUCACACUUCCGCAGAUUCGAUUUAUUCAAAAAGACAGGAAAACAUCAGCAUGAAAAUGAUGCAAGUUAAAUGGGUCUGGCACAUAGCCCCCCUCUCCGAAUCAUUUCAGUGAAUCAAUUCCAGUGGGAACCAGAGUCAUUUGAAGCCGUUCAAACUGAUUUGCAAUCUGGUUUAAAAGGUAGUGGGAAUCAGGCUUGGAAUCACUUUCCUUGCAAUCCAUUGUUUUGUAUUCUAGUCUCUGGAGCAGCAGAAAACAAAUCCCCUCCCUGUUCUACAUGGCAAUAGCAGGCGAUAGCACUUUACAUUUCUACAUUGAGUUCUACAAGGCAUCCUAUUAUUAUUAUUAUUAUUAUUAUUAUUAUUAUUAUUAUUAUACUUAAGGGUAGUUUUAUUACACCAACUCUCUAGCGUUUCUUCCUCAUGCCAAUUAUUCUCCAUGCCAAACAUUUUCUACUCCGUAACUUGUUAAGUUGUACGUGUUCCUUGUUCACCCUCUCAAAAGAAAAGUAACUUGUGACAGGCCAAGGCAGCUGGGACUCCAGAAUCCACUUCCGGUUUUAGCUUGAAGGAAUUUACCCAAAAAUCUGAAACUCUUUGGGACAUUAGGGAUCAGCAGAAUGGCAUUAUUUGUGAUGCAUCAUCCCCAAAGCCACUCUGGUCCUGGCUUUAUGAGAAAACAUGCCUCUGCUUGCCAUCCCUCACCUGUCCAACAGAGGGGGCUCCUGUGCAGCGCUUCCUCCAGCCCAGGUGAUGCCAAGCCUCCACCAAGCCUCCUCUGGCCCGUGCCCAGGUGCCCGCCUUCCCUGGGAGCAGUUGGCACAGCUGGCACUGGAUCCUGUUUGCAGCUGGCACAGGAGCUCCUCUGCUCCCAAAGAAAGAGAAACUGGAGGUUGCCAGCAUGGCCUGGGGGCCACUGUUGGUGCUGGUGGCAUUUUCCCUAGGUACACUCAGGGCUCAAACGACACCUAGUGCUGCAGAAAACCACAUAACUUCAGAUGCACCUACAAGGCAGCGUAUUAAGUCUUCGUUGAACACCACAAUUGAGACAUCAGCCCCCAACCCCGGGGCAACGAAAGACAUUCCUGCCACCCACCCAAGCACCGCAGAGCCAGAGGCGUCAUUGAGUCCCAUGCCUCCGAAAACCACAGGGAGCAUCAACGAAACGAGGAAUGGGACGACAGGACCUACGAUGGCGACAGCCCUUGCAAGCUCCAAAGAGGCACUCACUAUCACUAGUCAAAAGGCUGAGUCCACUAGCAAUAGCACAGUCACUGAUGGGCCUGGUGGUACGGACGAAGCUCCCCUCUCCCAGAAGCCAGGCCUGGUGGCCGUCAUCUGCAUCUUCCUCUCCAUUUUGCUCAUCGGUGCCAUCGUGAUCGUGGUGAAGUGCUACCGGACGAGGGAACCGGCCUUCCAAAAGCUGGAUGAGGUGCCCAUGCAAGGAAAAGCCGCCGAAGAUUCGCCAUUUGCCCGCUAUCCACCCAAAUAGCCUCUCUGGGAAUAAUAACCCUGGUUCCUGGGAUGGAAAUUUCCCCUCUGAGAUCUUCUGGGACUUUUUGCAUGAAAUAAAAUACUUGCCAGACCUGUUUGAAAAGGGCUGUUUUUUCAUUUUUUGCUACUGAUUUUGCUGAUUUGAGGCCACCUGCAAAAGCUCUUGGACUGGGCUUUUAUUCAGCAGCUGAACUCUGGUGGGGGAUACUGGGAAUUGCAGUCCAAAAAAGGAACUUUCCCAGCUUCUGGUUCUCACUACUGAUUUUGCAAAAUAUCCAUAUCUUCCAAUGGCUCGAUUGUUUUGUUUAACAACUUGGUUUAUAUCGCCAUUUAAUAAAACGAUUGA